AUGUUUUUUCGAAAAAAAGAAAAAGAGGAAGCACCAUUGAUAAGCGGGAACAAACAAAGACCUCCAGUGCCUCCAAAACGAACGGUUCUCCCUAAUAUGAGCAAGAAACUGGGAUCAAACCACAAACACGACGCGACAAAUGAGAAUGCAUCAAUCUAUGACACACCAAAAACAGCAAAAUUUUCGAUAGCUGGUGGAGAUUCUGAUGAAACAAACGCAACCAGAGGUUCUUCAAAAGAUUCUGAUGACGCGGCCUUGCAACCUGUACGAGCAUUCGGCUCGCCAAAGGACUUUAAUAUCCAGGGCCUAGCGUUACCGGCUUUAGCUGUCGUUCAGGUCAAAGUUAGAACGCUUGUACUGCAAAAAGGCGUCACAGGGGACUUUGGCUUUUCAAUACGACGAGUACAAUUCCCUUCCAGUAGACGCAGUGGACUGCGAACAAUUGUGUUCGCAGAGCCUUCAGAUGUCCGUGCAGGGCCACCACGCCCUGAUGACUUAAAGAAUGGCCUAUUACCUGGAGAUCAACUGAUCAAGAUAGACGGUCGAAAUGUAGAUGCAAUGUCACGUGAAGAACUUCAAAACGCUGUGCGGAGCGCAGGGAACCAAAUAGUGCUGGAAGUAAAGUCGGUGCCCGAAUUGGCCGAGUUUUGCGAUAGAAAGCAUCGUCAAAGUGGUGCAAGAGACGAUGGCGAUCAGUUAAUGCUUGGUCACAUCAACACCAAUCUCCACGAGGAUAUUCCUGAGGAUCAACGUUAUUGGCUUAUUCACAAAGGCGGUUACACAAUGGUUCGACUACUCGAACAUCUACCGGAUGGAAGAGCGCUUGUGAAAGUCGCCGGUCGUGAAAUGACUGUGGAUUCUACGGAUGUGGAUCGAAUGAAUCCCACACAGUUGGAUCGAGUUGGUGAUAUAGCUGCUUUGCGUUACUUGAAUGAGACGAGCGCUGUUCAUCUGUUGCGACAAAGGCACGGAUGUAAUCUCCUCUAUACGAAUGCUGGCCUAAUGAGUAUCGUCUGUAUGGCGUCAGCAGAGGAAGGAGCUGUCGGUCAAGACAGGCUCGUUACGUUGUUCAAAGGUUGCCGACGUGGUCAAAUGCCCGCACACGUGUAUGCUACUGCACAACAAGUGUACAGAAAUCUCCAGAUGACUGGGCAAAAUCAGUGUAUAGUGCUGACGGGAAACAGCGGAAGUGGCAAGACAACCCAGCUACGGAAUCUUGUUCAUUACCUGUGCGAGGUAGCCGGAUGGACGAAGACUCUCUCUUAUGAAAAACUGGCGCUGGCUAUGGGUGUCAUCGAAGCAUUCGGUCACGCUGCUUCAGCGCUUCAUAGAGAUUCCACUCGCUUUUUGCAUCUAUUUUCACUUGGAUUUGAUAAGGCUGCAGCUCUCAGAUCGGCGCGAAUGCAAAUUUCGUUGCUGGAGGCGGAUCGAGUCAUUAGAAGGCAUAGCGGAGAAGCAUCUUUUCAUGUGUUCUACUAUCUUUGGGAAGGAGCGGAGGGUGCUCUGAGAGAGCGUCUUCAAUUGGAUUCGAUUGAAAAACCAGUUAUUGAUCCUUAUUCGAAAGAGGAGGAUCGCCAAAGUGCCAAGGAGGCUUGGCAACGGCUUCACCACGCGUUUUCGCAUCUAGGCUUGUCAGAAAGUCAAGUUGAUGCAGUAUGUUCCGUUCUUGCGGCAAUACUCCAUCUACAAGCAGCAGGAUGUACUCCAGGAAGUGCUCAGCGGGCUCACUUCCUCCGUGUUUCACAUGCACAACAGGCCGCUGCACUGCUUGGUGUUUCCACUGAGGAUUUGGGGAACGCUUUAUUCCGUGGGAAAACCAGUGGCAGUACAGUUACGACGAAGGUGACUAAUACAAGCCGUAUCGCCCUCACUUCUCGUGGACCAGACGCCCCAGAGGCGUUAAUCUCAUUCUGCGCCAGCCUCUACCAAGAGCUAUUCUGUACGAUCGUCGAACUAAUCAACAAAGCCUUGUUAUCCAACGCAGCGUGUACAUGGAUUUCCGUCCUUGAUUACACCGGAUCCUCAUUUCACGUUGACUGGGCCGAUAGCACCGCUAAAAAAGUGCUGGGAUUGAAUAAUCUGGUUCACAAUUACAUUAAUGAGCGAGUUGCUGAGCUUUUUCAUGAUGCGUGCUUUGUGGACGCACAAGAGUUGUAUUCUCGGGAACAAGUGGAUGUUGAAGUUGAGAUGCCCAUUGUUUCACCAUGCCCUCUGAACAGACUACUAGACCAGAAACAACAACUGUUAGCCUGCACGGACAUCGAGCGACGUUCCGAGGAAAAGCGGGGUCUGCUGGCAAUACUUGAAGAAGAGUCCAUGUUCCCUGGAGCUACUGAUGAAAGUCUCCUAGAACGGAUUUUUGUGCAUCUUGGAGAUGAGUCGAGACUGAUUCGUCGUGCUAAUCGUCCCAUGCAGUUUGUACUAGAGCAUGCUAUGUCCUGUUAUCCUACCACUUACGACGUCUCAGGGUGGGUGAAACAGGCGCAACCAUGCGAAAGUGGAGCGGCACCCAGACCUUUACUACUUCAGAGCAAAAGUCCACCCAUUGUUAGUUUAUUUGGUGCGGUGGUGCCUUACGAUGCCAGCAAAUUACGUCGUGCCACACAAGCAGCUCAGUUCGAACUGAAUGCUCGAAGAUCUGUCAAUGGAUUCUUCGCCAAUCUUAGUGGGCAAAUAGAUUACGUCUUCUCCACACUUCGUCGCGGUCAUCGCUCCCACUUUGUCCACUGCAUCCAACCAUCCCCAAAUAUGCGAUCUGCGACCGGCACCUACGAGACUGUCGACGUACCAUUUGUUCGAAAUCAGCUACGUUCUAUCCUACUAAUCGACUCAAUCAGAGCUAACAAUAGAGGAUAUCCUGAACGGGUGUCCUUCCGCGAUUUCCGUCGUCGUUUUGGGUGCUUGGUUGAAGAUGAGUUGAAUUCGUCUAUCGAUGAUGCACUCGACGACAGAGCUGCAGUUUCACGAAUCCUUGAAAGAAUGGACAUCCACCAACACAGAUAUCGGCUGGGAAUCAGUCAGGUGUUGCUGGCAGCUGAUGUCCUUUGUGAACUGGAGGAUCGUCGAGAACUGUCUCUUUCCGGGUUAGUGACAGCUUUCCAAAGAGAAUGUCGUCGAUAUUUGGCCGCAAAAUGGUUACAACGGAGAAGGGUGCUGGAGACUGCAAUCAAAUGUAUACAGAAAAAUGGCCGAGCUUAUGUACGCGUUCGUGAGUGGCCUUGGUGGCGACUGUACACGAAAGUCGUGCCACUGAUUGCAGCUUCGAGAGGCGACGCAUCUCAUCAGGAGUGUGAGCUUCGUAUUCGACAGCUUGAACAGCAACUACACAAUCUUCGAGUUGAAAAGACGCAACAUGAAGGACGCGUGGAAGAGCUGGAGCAGCGCCUUGCUCGAGAGGUUCAAUCGUCGAAUGAGCUCACACAAGCGCUUGAUCGCGAAACACAAAGUAGAGUUCAGCUGGAGCGGAGACUACAUCAAUGUUUGGAAGGAGCCGUAGAUGAUGAACGCGUUAGCCGCGUUUCUUCAUCGGUUAAAUUGGAAUCUGACGAAAAGACAGUAGAACUGAAAAACGAACUGGUGCGAGUACAACAAUCUGAAGAACAACUCAAAGCGAAGACCCAGCGAGCCGUAGCUCAGCUUCAAGACGUCGAAGCGGAGCUGAACAAAGUACGUGCUCGCAAUGAAACGCUCGAGAAGAAGCAGCAAAGAUUUGAUGCUGAUCUAAAAGCAGUUGAAGGACAACUCAAGGAGAUGAAAGAAUAUAAAGAGAAAGCAGAAAAAGAAAGAGAUGAACACCAAAUGGCCACAUCUAGAAAGACCGUCGAGCUACAAGAGCUCAAAACUGAGAAUUCCGAACUCCGUACUCAAGUAUCGCGACUACGACGUGAAGCUGAGGAGCGAUCAGAUGCGGCUGUAGGAGGAGACCAGGUGGCUGCUCUGCAAAAAACGAAAAGAGAUUUGGAGAAUAAACUGCGCGAACAGGAAGAAGAACUGGAUGAGCUAGCUGGUGCCAAUCAACAAUUGCAACAGCAAAUUACUCGCCUUGAAAUGGGAGCUGAAAGGUUGAAAGCAGACUUGAAUAGGGAAUCGAACACGAAAGAGACCGAAAUUGAUGAGAUUCGUGGACAAUACCAAAGAAGGUUACGCACCCUCGAAGAUCAAUUGGCAGAUCUACAGGAUGCAAAUUCUUCAUUGGUUAAAGAGAACCGUGUUCUGGAAGCAAGAGCUCGACAAUACGAUUUGAACACGCAAACUUUCGAAUUCUCUGGAGGACACUACCGUCGUGAAUUACGAAAAGCGCUUGCUCUUCUGGCUGACACCCAGACUCUCUUAGCUCACGAAAGGGAAUCCGCACCGUCACAGGCGUUACUAAGGCAGCUAAGAGAUCAAUUAGAAGACGCAGAAGCUGCAAAAAUGAGCGCACUUAAGGGUCGUCAUGGGCUGGAGAGUGAACUGAACGAAGUUAGGGUGCAGCUAGAACAAGCGCUUGUUGCUAAGAGUGCAGCUGAAGAUCGUGCUCUUAUCCUCCUUAAAGAGAAGAACAGUGGAUCAGCGCUGAUAGAGGAAAAAGAUGAACAAUAUCAACAGUUAAUGAGAAAGUACAAAGCGGCCAUUCAACAAACUCAUUUGGAUCAUAUUGCUAUAGCAGACUACGUUGAGCAGGUAGCCGAAUUAGAGAAGGCAAAACAGAAGUUGACCGAACAACUGAGCGAGGAAGCGUCAAGCGCUGCUUUCCUCGCACAACACACCGUUGAAAAGCACAAACUUAUCCUAUGUGAGCAAAAGGUUCGCGACCUCGAGGCAAAACUGGAUCUGGAGAUCGCGCAAAAGCAACGUCUUGAAUCUAUGGUGAUUAAACUCCGAGAUGAAGUGGACUCUCUACAAGAGCAGGUCACUGAAGCAAGUGCAAGUCGCGAAAAGGAGAAUGAAGUGCUUCGGAAAGCGAGAAAGGAGAACAUGCAGUUGCAAGAGACGAUAGAGGAAUUGCAGAAAAGAGAUCUGGAUGCGGUUCAUAAGAACAGAGCUUCGCGAGCUGAGAUCGAUCGACUGGAAGAAACCAAUAAGACCCAAGCAGCUGAACUGAAACUAUGUCAUCGUCGAAUCGAAAGUCUGCAAGCUGCAUUGAACGAAGGAUUAGGAGAAGAUGAGUCCGAUGAUGGGAGUGACGGUGAACGAGCCCUGGAGGACGGGAGGAGCACUGGAAUGAACAUACUGUAA